UGGUGGCGGCCAUCAUGGCGGCCAUCGUGGUGGAGAUGGAGAUCGUGGUGGGGAUGGCGGCCAUCAUGGCGGCCAUCGUGGUGGCAGUGGCGGUGGUGGCCAUGGGGUGGGCGGCCAUGAUGGGGUUGGUGAUGAGCGUAGGGUUGGCGGCCAUGUUGGUGGCGGCCAUCGGGUUGAUGUUGGUGGCCGCGAUGGAGUUGGGGGUGGCCCUGGGGUUGGCGGCCAUGUUGGUGGCGGCCAUGUUGCUGGCCGCCAUGAUGGCGUUGGUGAUGACCAUGGGGUUGGCCACCAUGUUGGUGGCAGUCAUGGGGUUGGCGGCCACGGUGGCGUUGGUGACGAUCGUAGGGUUGGCAGCCAUGUUGGUGGUCGCGAUGGUGCGGGUGACCACGACGAGGUUGGUGGUGACAAUGGGGUUGGCGGCCAUGUUGGCGGCAGCCCUGAUGGCGUCGGCAAUGGCCAUAGGGUUGGCGGCCAUGUUGGCGGCAGCCACGUGGUCGGUGGUGGUGGCCAUGCUGGUGCUCCUGGUGGCUCCAUCGUCACCCAAGGGCUCAUUGGCAAACGUUUGCCCCCCACCGGUGCCCCUUGCCAUGGCGGCGGCCCGGCAUUGCGAGCUCUUUGCCUUCUGUGCCGUGAAGCCGUCAACCGGGCCAAGGUGAGGGCAGCGGGGGGAUUGGGGACCCUGGUAACCCUCCUGGGGGACCCAAAAGCUCGGGGUUGGCACCCAAGGGUGCUGUUGGCUUUGGCCGCCUUUGCUUACGACCGCGCGGCUUUGGAGGAGUUGGAAGGGAUGGGGUUGGUGGCGGUGUUGGCAAAGGUGUUGAGCGAUGGGGUCGG